GCAGUCUCAGAGACGUGGGGGUGCAGACGGAGGGAGGAGAGACACAGGUGGGGGCGUUGGUGGAGAUGGGGACACAGACUGUGGACUGUAAUGGAGGUAUUUACAUGACUUUCCUCAGUCCUCUCCCUGAUGCUCUCCCUACACCCCUCCUACUAGUCCAGAGCAGCAGUGAAGGCCAGCAGCACACAACUCACACGGCACCCCCUUCCCUGAGUCCCCAGAUUAUGACCCCCACUUCACACCCCAGUUCCACCCCACCCAGCGUCAAAGCACCGGUCAACUGUGGAACAGCUCCCUUUAGAACCCACCCUCGGACCUCUGAACCGGAGGUCACAAACCUCUCAUCGUCCUCUGUUGUCCUGAGCGGUGACAUGGUCACCCAGAGUGACGAUUCAGACCACCCCACGACACCCCGGGAGGAGAGUGCCGUCCCAGAAUGCUCUGUGGCAGAGAACGGCGUAACGGAGAGGAGGAUGGAGAAGAGGGAGCAGCAGCUGACAUCACACACUGGGAGAGCAGAGGAAGGAGGAACAGGGGAGUGUCUGGAGAGGAGAGGUGUGGUUGGGAGGAAGUGGCUGAGCGGACAGAGGCUGGAGAACACUCAGAUCUCCAUCAAGGUCAAGCUGAGGAGGAGGACCAGGGGACAGCUGUGGGAGCUGGUCAGUGGGCAGGAGACGGACGGAAGCAUCUCACCUGGUCAGGGGCAGGAAAGGGACGGAACCAUCUCACCUGGUCAGGGGCAGGAAAGGGACGGAACCAUCUCACCUGGUCAGAGGCAGGAGAGGGACGGAACCAUCUCACCUGGUCAGAGGCAGCAGAGGGACGGAACCAUCUCACCUGGUCAGAGGCAGGAGAGGGACGGAACCAUCUCACCUGGUCAGGGGCAGGAAAGGGGCGGAACCAUCUCACCUGGUCAGGGGCAGGAGAGGGACGGAACCAUCUCACCUGGUCAGGGGCAGGAAAGGGACGGAACCAUCUCACCUGGUCGGAGGCAGUUGGUCCUCGCUGCUCUGAAGAAGGAAACGCAUGAUCGCAUGAGGACAAGACAACUACCACGCCAGCCUCUCCCCCCCGCCCCAGUCCCCAGCCCUCCCCCCGGUGCUCUCCCCUCGACACAGCUUUCCUCACCCCUCCACCCCGAUCCCGCCCCACCUCCAAAACCACCACCGCCCAGUCAGCCUCCCUCAAACACUGCAGCUCCACCCAUCAUCCGACUCCACACCCAACACAUGAACCACAGCUCGCCUUGCCCCAGCCUCCGGUAGAGGAUUCGGACGAGCAGAUUGAGAAGAUGCUGGAAGACAUCAUGAUGGGGUUGAACAUACUGCCCCCUGUGGUUCUGGAUAGGGACUGCGACAAACGCCACCAUCUCCAAAGCCACGACAGACCGUCGGCCUGCUCCUGCUCGCAUCAUCCCGUCCACGCAAGGCACAGCGCCGUUGGCUCGGCUUCUCGUUGCGUGUGUUCCCAUGGCUACGCGACAGGAAGUGAUGAUGCGUCGUCAACUGAAACAGCCUUCCACUCCAUCACCUCCUCCCAUUUCGUCACCACGACAACCUCCUGCACAGUCACCCCUGACCUUUACCUGGACCCACAACUUCUGACCCCUCACCAAUGUUCCACCUAUCACCCCUCCACUCCCCUCUCUCAUCCUCACCCCCACUUCUCCUGUAAUGAUUACUCCUCUGACUGGGCCUCCUAUUGUUCAGGUGUCCAGUGCUCCUCUGAGAACGCCAAGAACCACCAGGAACUCCUGAUCCGGUUCCAGAACUCUCAAAACCAGGAACUCCAGAACCGGAACUCCAAGAGCCUGGUGUUUGGAUGUGGUGGCAACAGCAGCAUCAUGCCAGUCCACUCAGGCUCUUCACCAAGGCCUCCCCACCAGUCCCUUCCUCAGAGCCAGGCCUCUCUACUUUACGCAGGGGAAGAGGACCGAGAUCCAGGGUUCUGGAAGGGUUCUGCCCAGACGGGCGUUCCGUCGACAUACAGAGACCAUGUUUGUAAUCUGUCUUCUGCGGAUUGUCUGUCGUCCAAUGGAGACACUACUCCAAGUCAUGUGAAUGGAGACACUACUCCAAGUCAAGUGAAUGGAGGGACCAUCCCAAGUCAUAUGAAUAGAGAGGCCAUUCCAAGUCAGAGUCCGAGUCAGGCCACUACGAAUCAGGAAGUUCCACAAGAAGAGGAACCUUCGGUCACCCCCGGUUUCCUACCCCCCUCUGAAACUGAUGCUUCUGAACCACAACAUCCAGCAUGCCCACCAGAUGGACUACAUUUCCCAGAACUCCUUUCACUGCUGUCUCCAGGAAGUGAAACCCAGCCUUCCCAAUCUCCUCCUCCACAUUGGGAAGAGCUACGCCUGCCAAAAUGUCUCUCACCUUUAAAUUCACCGGAACCCUUACCCCCACCAUCUCCGGCGAAACCCUUCCUUAAAUCCCCAUUCCGGCAUCCUGUAACUCCAUUCCAUAGAAUCCCUCAGCUGUCAAAGCUACCACCUUGGCUCUGCUGCACUCCGAGAAGACUACAGUUUCCACUGAGCUCCAUGAUCCACUCUCCACGCUCCCCAGGAAAUCUGUGUGAAUCUAAAAAAUGCCUUGGGCUGCCGUGGGAAUCCAACAACAACUCCGAGCAGAUGGCUGAUGGUCAAUACAAGGCUAGCAUUAGCAACAACUCCGAGCAGAUGACUGAUGGUCAAUACAAGGCUAGCAUUAGCAACAACUCCGAGCAGAUGACUGAUGGUCAAUACAAGGCUAGCAUUAGCAACAACUCCGAGCAGAUGACUGAUGGUCAAUACAAGGCUAGCAUUAGCAACAACUCCGAGCAGAUGGCUGAUGGUCAAUACAAGGCUAGCAUUAGCAACAACUCCGAGCAGAUGGCUGAUGGUCAAUACAAGGCUAGCAUUAGCAACAACUCCGAGCAGAUGACUGAUGGUCAAUACAAGGCUA